GCAGCACCUAUUAGGGUUGUCCUCACCGUCACGGCCGGUUCUUCUUCUAGGAUUCAUUCAUUAGUUGUUUUUUCUCCCUUUCACGAGAGAAGUGAGGCCUGGUUGAAAGCCAUGGAGAGCUCUCUCCCUGCGGCCGACUUCCUGUACUGGGUAGGCGCCGGCACGGUGGCCUACUUGGCCCUGCGCAUCUCGUACUCGCUCUUGACUGCUCUUCAGGUCUGGGGUUUGGGUCACGAGCCUGGGGUUGGACCGGAACUCGGUGAAUGGGCAGUUGUCACUGGUAGUACUGAUGGAAUUGGAAAAUCAUAUGCAGAAGAGUUAGCGAAGUGUGGAAUGAAGCUUGUCCUUAUCAGCAGGUCACAGGAUAAACUGAACCAGGUUUCCAGUGAAAUAAGAGAGAAAUUCAAAGUGGAAACAAGGACCAUUGCUGUUGACUUUGCAUCAGAAGAUAUUUAUGAUAAAAUUAAAACAAGCUUGGCAGGCCUGAAAAUUGGUGUUUUAGUGAACAACGUGGGUGUGUCAUAUAUGUAUCCUGAAUACUUUUUGGACAUUCCUGACUUGGAUAGUACCAUCAAGAAACUGAUAAAUGUUAACAUUCUUUCUGUUUGUAAGAUGACACAGUUGGUGUUGCCUGGCAUGGUAGAGAGAUCUAAAGGGGUGAUUCUGAACAUCUCCUCUGCCUCUGGCAUGUUCCCGGUUCCGCUGCUGACCAUCUACUCUGCAACCAAGACUUUUGUAGAUUUCUUCUCUCAGUGCAUCCAUGAGGAAUAUAAGAGCAAGGGCAUCUUUGUGCAGAGUGUCCUGCCGUUCUUCGUAGCUACGAAAAUGGCUCAAGUCCGGAAGGCAACUCUGCACAUACCUUCUUCAGACACAUAUGUGAAGGCGGCGAUGAAAACAGUGGGGUUGAGAUCCCGAACCAAUGGAUACCCGAUCCAUUCUCUUAUGGGGGCAGUCAUCUCACUCCUGCCUUCUUGGUUAUACCUUAAGAUGUGCCUGAAUUUUGGCAAGUCCAUGCGGGCUCGCUAUCUGAAGAAAGCCAAGAAGAAUUAAGCACCGAUGACGCCUGGAGCCUUGGCCAGGGUUCCCAGCCUCUGCGCGCUCACGGCGGAUCAACCCCCAGCUCCCACAUCUUCACUUGUCAUCGCAAUAGUUAUUAAUAAGGCUGAAUGUGGUCAUAAUCAGGAAGAAAGCAGGAGUUCCUGACAUAUAUUCUGGAUGCUACCAGCAGUUAUUUUGUAGUUUAAUAUAAAUGCUCAUAUCAAUUGCUAUAGGACUAACAUUAACAAGAACAACUGAGUAGGAAGGAGCAGGGAUGGGCCAGUCACAGAAUGGGAGAGCCAGGCACAGUGCCCAACGGCUCAUCUGGCUCGGAGUGCCAGGGAUUCUUGUAUUUUCUCUGAAACAUGCCUUAAAAAGUCAUGGCCUGCUACUCAUUUCUGUUUUUAACCAUUUGAGGGACUGGACGUUCAUGAAUUCACUCUGGGAGGACAUCCUGCAAUUUGCAUGGUUCUUCGUAAGCUUUUCUAAAGGCCCGGCCUAGUUUGUAUGUUUAUAUGGAACUAUUCUUUUUUAAAGUAGCUAAUGACAUAAAAAUAAUUCAUGAAAUGUGGAGUUUUUUCUUACACAUGAAGCCCAGAAAAGUAUGCUUUCCUUUAACAUAUAGUUCUUCUCAGUUUAAAUGUAUGUAACUACUGAACGGUGGAUGGUGUGAUUUAUAAAGGUAAACAGGCUAAAAUGUGCUGAGCCUGGCAGCUACCUGUGGUGGCGCUAAAGCCCUGACCCAGGACAGUGGUCUGCUUGGACCCCAGCUGCCUUGGUUUCCGCACUGCAGUAAUACUGCUUACACAGGUCACACGGGGCUAUUCCUAGAGCAGUAAUGGCUUUACACCUGUAAACUGGUACCCUAUAGAUACUGAUACCGUUAGUUUUACUGAAAGAUGAUAUAGCCAUGGUGUUGAUUGAACAUACAUUUCUUUGUUGCUUGAAAUCAAGACCGUUCUAUACUGGCUUAAUAUAAAUUAAGGUUUACUUUUAUCCUGCUAUAUAACUUGUCUGGGGAAAUUGCUAAGCAAUAAUUCAGUAUUGUGAGACAUGUAAUCUGAAAGGUAGAUCUUUCCCUAGGCUGUGGUUCUGAGGCCGUGAGUUUUAAGCACCAUUAAAUUAGCAAAAGAAUUUUUUAAUUGGGGUAUUUUAAGUGUUUCUAGCUUUUAAUUUUGUCAGCUAAGGACAUAAAAACAGAAAACCAAAUGACUAGCAUUAUAUAAAAGACAUUUUAGCAUAAAAAAGCAAGAAUAAUAAAAUCUGCGAAUAAGGGGUACUCAUUUAAAUCGAAUAAAUUUAGCUUUAUGUA